GUUACCCAAUCAGCUGAUUUCUGUUAUGUUAUGACAGAUUGGGUUUUGUGUGCAAAAUAACUUCAGUUUUGAUUAAAAUUCGGUUCCUUCUGGAUGAUUAAUUCGAUUAAUUCGUUGAUUAGGUGUUAUAAGCGUGAAGAUUUUUCGUAGUGUUAUAAAACGGGGCAUAAUAAACAGGUUGACGUCAUAUUUCGGUUGGUGUUUAAAUCUGUCAUCUGUGGUAAAAUGACAAUGACGCAGUGCAAUUAGAAAGAAAAUGUGAAUCAUUUGGUAUAAAAAACGAGAAUUAAGAAGUUAUUAAAAACAAUGUCAGCGGAUGCUCAAGUUCGAUCAAGAUCCCAUCAUCAUGGGAAAAAUGGAAAAGAAUCUGUUACUGUGUCCCCUCAACACGUUACUGACCCAUCGAUUUUAGACAGUGUAGCUGGAUUUAUAAGUGAUGUAGUCCCAACUGCUUAUAAUGUCCCUGGCGAGACGAAAGAUCAAGUUCAAUGGGCUAGAUUUGAGGAGCUUUUCUCCGAGGAAUAUUCCCAAGAUGCAGAGAGCGAAAAUUUUAUACCAUCCCCGUUAAUAUUAAUUUUGGGAUACUCCAAUGGACUCCAAGUAUGGUCGAUUCCCGCAACGGGAGAAGCCGUCUUAUUAUUAUCUUGGAAACAUGGCACAGUAAAAGUUUUAAAAAUUCUUCCAAACCCAUCAAAAAUAGGGUUAAACAUCGUCGAUGAAUUUUCAGAUAAAAGACCGUUGAUAGCACUUUGUGAUAACGCAACUCCUAGUCCGCAUUUUUGCUCCCUUAGUUUUUUAUCACUCAAAACGAGCGAGCAGGUUAAAUUGAUUAAAUUUCAACUCCCCAUUUUAGACGUCUUGGCUAAUAGAACGUCGGUCGCUGUGACUUUUACCGAAAGAAUCGCCGUUUUUGAUGCUUUUACUUUAGAAGAUAAACUUGUAAUCACCACUUGUUAUCUUAGCCCUGGAAUUAAUCCGAACCCCGUUGCUUUAGGAACAAGAUGGGUUGCCUAUGCUGAAAAUAAAUUGAUUCCUUCAAGAAGAAGUAGUGGAGGAAAUGAUGGGGAAGGGAUACAAAGUUAUACAGCUACUGUGUUGCAUGCGGCGAAAUCUUUAGGGAGGGGUUUAAGGGAGUUUGGAGAAACUGUCGCUAAUAGUUUAACAGGAACUACACCAUAUAAACCCCCACCCAAUAUUCAUUCCCCCAGCAAUGUUUUACAAAAAGGGAUUAUUACAAUUUUAGAUAUUGAGGCUGAAAAAUCAUCACAAAUAGAUAAAACCGUCGAACCGGACGCGAUCGUAUCCCAUUUCACCGCUCACACCGAAGCGAUCGUUUCGAUGUGUUUCGAUCCGAGUGGGAUGCUUCUUUUAACGGCGGAUAAACGCGGGCACGAUUUUCAUGUGUUUCGAAUAAACCCGCAUCCCGGGGGGCCCUCUUUAGCGGCGGUUCAUCAUCUUUACAUCCUCCACAGAGGUGAUACCACCGCGAAAGUACAGGAUAUGUGUUUUUCGGCCGAUUCCCGCUGGGCGACCGUUUCAACUUUACGAGGAACAACCCACGUUUUCCCGAUAACGCCGUACGGAGGUCCCGUCGGUGUAAGAACCCACGCCACUCCGUACGUUGUAAAUAAAAUGUCCCGGUUUCAUCGAUCCGCCGGAUUAACCGCCGAAGGAAGAUCAAAUAGCCCCGUUUCAAUAUUCGAAGCGCCCGUUAUAUCACAUUUACCAUAUCAUAACCCCAGAUUACCGCCGUUUGCGCAACCAACACUUGUGAAUCCUUUAGCACAGGUUAGACAACCAGUUUAUGUCCAAACCACCACCCAUAAUCAACAAAGAACCGUUUCGAAUCGCCAACGUUUAAGUUCAUCAUCCUCGACAUCAUCCACCGAAGAUCCCGUUCAAGACAUUUUAAGAGUUUGCGCGUGUUUCGCCCCUCCAAGAGCUUGGAUUUUAAAUCCCACCCCUACAACAACAACCCCAUCACUAAAAUCAUCCUCAAUAAAACCCGUCGAAUCGCUUUUCGUAAUGUCUUGUUACGGCUCGUUGAUUCAAUACGAUUUAGACCCGAAGCAUGCCUCGAAUGUGCCAAAGGAAAAAGUGAGCGAUGACACCCCAAUUGAAUUAGUGGUUAGGGCGAAAGCGCAAUGGGGGUUACAAAGAGAUUCGAACGCGCGCCGUGAUGAUGUUCCGUUACCUCUAAGCGGGGAAUUUUUGAAACUGUUAGAAACGGAGGCGCCAUCGACCAAAUUAAAGCCGGAUCAUAACGAUGAUAGGUGGUUAAGUCAAGUUGAAAUUGUUACCCAUGCGGGGCCUCAUCGGAGGUUGUGGAUGGGGCCACAAUUUACUUUUAAAACUUAUACAACAACCGCCGGAUCCCCCGGGAGUAUUUUAGAAUCAAAACCGAUCGAUGUGAGACGAUCAAAGCCGGUUAAUAUGCCGUUAACCGGGGCUUACCCCGUUUUGAUUGAAGCGGGUUCCGUGGGGAGCUGUGAGCCUUCCCCUAAGUUAUUAGAUGCGUGCCAAAGACAUUUCGAUGAAACUGGGUGUAGCGAGUUGCAGUUAAAGGAAGAUCUUGCUGAUGCUAUGUUGGAAUCUCCUGGUGCGCGAGAAGGAGGUGGUCGUCAUCGUCGCGUAUUCUCUUCUUCUAUGUCUUCAAAAGCACCAUCGCGUACGGUGGGGGUGGUCAAGGUGGUGAAUCCUCUUGGCACGGUUGUAACGGUUCCAGAUCAAGAUUCCGAGUUAAUUUUGGAAACCCAAGAAGAAGUGAUCCACGAGAAUUGCGACGAAGCCCUAUUUCGACCAGUCGUUGCCUCGAAAGCCGUCGUUUUCGCCGAACCCAAAAACGUACAAACAAAAAUUUCAUACAGCUCGUUACAUAUUAACCCAGACAAAGAUAAAGUCUCCCGCAAAGAUAAUUUAAUCGAUUUAAGCUACUUCAAACCGCCCUCAAGCUUCAAACGUAACGAUAACAUCAAAAAGAUUGAAAAUGAAUUUAGCGAAGUUGAUUCAGGAAGAUUUGACCCAAACCCGGUGAACUCGGACUCAAAACAAGUCAAAGUUGAUUCAAUCUGUGAUAUUUCAGAUGCUGAUAUUUUAGUUAGUUUUGAUGAAGAUCGCGAUGGUGAUGUUUUUAAACCCGAUACGGAACGAGAAGAAGAAGCUUUAAUUGAAUUCUUAAAAAAAUCGGAAAAUGACACAAACGAGGGGAACGAACAAGAUUCAAAUUUAACUCAAGAUACAAAAGAUGUCGCUUUUUCGUCUUCCGAGGAAGAACGAAUCGUUCCAAAAAAAAGUCGCAAACCAAAAACUAAACUUGGAGUUCGCAUAACGAACCUAAAUAAACCAAUCGAAGCACCUACACCUUUGUUGAUCGUCGAUGAUGUUCAACCGAAACGUUCUUGGAGCAACGUUGCGGCGACGUCGAAAAUUGACGCGGAAGAAGACGAAGAAACGACUAUAAACGAGGAUAUAAACACGGAAAAGGGGGAGUUUUUAAAAAUAAAUAAAUCGAGCGAUGAAGAAGAAAAGGUUGAUACGACCGGAAGUUCCACACAAACGGAAACGACAACGGAAAGCGAUGAUUCCAGUAAUAAUAAGGUGGCGAAUGAGGAGGAAUCAAUGAUCGCUAUGGAUACGGAAGAAGAUUAUGGCGGAGAGGAGAAAAUUAAAAUUGCCUCAACAACGGUCAUAAAAACGAAUAAGAAAAAAUCUAAAAAGAAAAAGAGAUAAAUAUU